AUGAUCUCACUCCUGCCAUUGUUGCUGGGGUUCAGCUUGGGCUGCACUGGAGCAGGUGGCUUUGUGACCCAUGUGGAAAGCUUCUGUCUGUUGGAUGAGGAGGGCACGCCAAAGGAUUUCAUGUAUUGUAUUUCCUUUAACAAGGAUGUCUUGACCUGCUGGGAUCCAGGGCAGGCCAAGAUGGCCCCUUGUGAAUUUGGGGUGCUAAAUGGCCUGGCUGUUGACCUCUCAGCAUACCUCAAUCAACAGGAAAACCUGCUGCAGCGCUUGAGCAACGGGCUCCAGGACUGUGCCACACACACCCAGCCCUUCUGGGGACCACUGACCCAAAGAACAAAGCCUCCAUCUGUGAAAGUAGCUCCAGUCACUCCUUUUAACACGAGGGAGCCUGUGAUGCUGGCCUGCUAUGUAUGGGGCUUCUAUCCAGCUGAUGUGAUCAUCACAUGGAGGAAGAAUGGGCAGCCCAUCCCCUCUCACAGUAAUGCCCAUAAGACUGCUCAGCCCAAUGGAGACUGGACAUACCAGACUCUCUCCCAUUUAGCUUUAACCCCUUCUUAUGGGGACACCUACACCUGUGUGGUGGAGCACAUUGGUGCUGUUCUGCCCAUCCUUGAGAACUGGACACCUGGGCUGUCACCAAUACAGACAGUGAAGGUUUCUGUGUCUGCAGUGACUCUCGGCCUGGGCCUCAUCAUUUUCUUUCUUGGUAUGAUGAGCUGGCGGCGAGCUGGCUCCUCUGGUUAUACUAUCCUCCCUGGGUCCAAUUAUCCAGAAGGUAACAUCUCUAUUGGUCUUCUUGUCUACUAG